AUGGAUAGAAAUCAAGAUACAUUUGAGUUUUCGCACUUUCGAAAUGAACAGCAAUGUUCUCCAGUCGUUGAAAGAGACAUGAAAGCUUGGGGAGCAUUUUCAGCGCUCAAGAACUUAACACGUCAGAGGUGGUUUGAUUCGUGUAUUACUCCAUUUGAAGUAAUGUAUGUUCGGAAAAUGUUUUUGAAAGGUGUAAAGCUGCUUCUUAGACAAUCACUUAUAUCGAUUUUGAGUGUUCGAGUUUUGUGGCCGUAUCUUCAAAGAAGCUUGUUUGCUGAUAUUGUUGAAUCAAUCAACUUGUUGACACUAGAAUAA